AUCACAUGAUUGCCGCAAUGCGCCAAUUAUUGGUGCAUUUUAUAUGCCAAUCGUGUGAUUGCACAAUUUAUUGUCCAAUGCGACAAUCAAAAAUAAAUUGUGCUGAUUUGCGGCAAUCAAAUACAACUCUGGUACGACAAUCGUGUGAACUGUUAAUAGACAACCUUGCGCAAAUUUAAAGUUGAAAAAUGCGUCAAUAUUUAUUGUUUUCUAGUGCGUCAAUCAAAGAAGACAAUACGCGUCAAUAACCUGAUUUUUUUUUAAAUAAUAUUUUUUCUUGUGUUUGUACCGUCAACAUUUCUUUGUCCUUUAAUAUGGAAUUCGGUGAUUGCAUUGUAUACGAAAAUUCAGCUGAGCUUGAGUUCUUUUCCCCCGAUCAGCAACCAGAAACACCUGUGCCGAAAAAAAGAAAAAAACCAAGUGUAAUUUGUUCCUGGACCUACACUGCAAUACAGGAGCUGAUACAAGCUGUGGAACAGCAUCCAUGUGUUUGGCAGUAUUCAUCCACCGAGUACAAAGAUAGGAAUAAACGGGAGCAGGCAUGGCGGGAAAUUGAAAAAAUGUGUACAGGGCACACGGUGGAAGACUGCAAGGCCAAAUGGUGCAACAUUAAAACGGCCUUUCAAAAUGUAAAAAAAAAACUAAAAUCAAAAUCUGGUCAGGGAGCCGAAAAUACCAUACCACAUUGGCCGCAUUGGUCUGCAAUGCAAUUUUACAACGACCACUCUGUGUCAAAAAUGUCAAGUACAGUGUCAACAUUAGAUUUGGAUGACUCUGGAAGUACUUCACAACAUGCCGCUGCUGAGAUUGUAAAGGUAGACAAAAGUGACAUUUUGCAGCGUGCAGUUAAGUGUUUAGAUGCGGAGGAAGAUAAUUGGCACGCGAUUGGGAUGUAUUUGGCAUCACAAAUGCGAGAAAUUGCCAAGAAAAACAAGAAGGCUGCGAACAAACUGCAUUUCCAGCUUGUCAAAGUCGUAAUGGAUGCAGCUUUGGAAGCUGAAGAAGAUGAUUAAGCCUUGAUAAAU